CCAGCUAUUGUCGGUGCCCGGAUGGACCGUGGGGAUGGUUUGACAGCAAAGAGGAAAGCGUAUAUACAGUAAUUCGGGCCAGAACGGGCAAAGAAACCUGGUCUCAGGAAAAUGGUCACUCAAAAGGCGUGCAAUAUCUUUCCGGCUUGCAGGUGAAAUAACCGAGAAUCGGCUUUCCACAUACUGUCUAUUUUCAGAUAGGAGACUUGGUGAAGACGUCACUAGGGAGUAAUGCCUGUUGAAAGUGGAACCAGUUCAGCUGCUCGUCAAGCAAAACAGAAGCGCAAGUCCCACAGCCUUUCCAUCCGCAGGACCAACAGCACAGAACAAGACAGACCAGCAAUGCAGAGGGACGUGCUGGAAGGACAAGAUUCAAAACUGCCUUCAGCUGUACGACACAAUCUACUUGAGCUUUUUGGACAGAUUGAGCGCGAGUUUGAGAAUUUGUAUAUUGAAAAUGUGGAGUUGCGCCGAGAAAUUGACACACUUAAUGAGCGCCUGACAGCUGAAGGACAAACCAUUGACGGAGGGGACCUGAGCAGGGGACCUUUGAAAGCAAAAGCCAGCCACAGUACCAGUCAACUGUCUCAAAAACUGAAGACAACUUACAAAGCCUCAACCAGCAAGAUUGUGUCCAGCUUCAAAACCACAACCUCAAGAGCAGUCUGCCAGCUGGUUAAGGAGUAUGUUGGACACAGAGAUGGAAUCUGGGAUGUUAGGGUCACACGGACACAACCCAUUGUCUUGGGCACCGCGUCAGCAGAUCACACUGCCAUGCUGUGGAGCAUUGAAACAGGAAAGUGCCUUCUUAAAUACGUGGGUCAUGCUGGGUCAGUUAAUUCAAUUAAAUUUCAUCCAACGGAGCAAGUAGCACUCACAGCAUCUGGAGACCAGACGGCUCACAUCUGGAGGUUUAUGGUGCAACUGCCCACCCCACAGCCAACAGCAGACACCAGUCAGUUGUCUGUAGAUGAUGAAAUCGACUUUUCUGAUAAAGAUGAAGCUGAUUGUGACGGGGAUGGCUCCAGCGAGUGUCCGACUAUCAGAGUUCCUUCGACCACGCUGAAGAGUCACCAGGGCGUGGUCAUAGCUGCGGAUUGGCUGGUCGGAGGAAAGCAGGUGGUCACAGCUUCAUGGGACAGGGCAGCUAAUCUGUAUGAUGUGGAAACAUCUGAGCUUGUCCAUUCACUUACAGGUCAUGAUCAGGAGUUAACCCAUUGCUGUACUCAUCCCACACAGCGUCUUGUGGUCACUUCAUCUCGUGACACCACCUUCCGUCUCUGGGAUUUUAGAGACCCUUCAAUACACUCUGUGAAUGUCUUUCAAGGUCACACUGACACUGUUACAUCGGCCGUUUUCACUGUGGGGGACAAUGUGGUUUCUGGCAGCGAUGAUCGUACUGUAAAGGUUUGGGAUUUGAAGAACAUGAGAUCUCCAAUAGCAACCAUCCGUACCGACUCAGCGGUGAACAGGAUUAGUGUAUCUGUGAGCCAAAGAAUAAUUGCUCUUCCACAUGACAAUCGUCAGGUCAGGCUGUUUGAUAUGUCAGGAGUCCGGUUAGCUCGUCUUCCUCGCAGCAACAGACAGGGCCACCGCCGAAUGGUGUGCUGUUCAGCCUGGAGUGAAGACAAUCCCACCUGCAACUUGUUCACCUGCGGAUUCGACCGGCAAGCCAUUGGAUGGAAUAUCAACAUCCCUGCCCUGCUGCAGGAGAAAUAAGUUUUAGAAGCGCUCUCAAGCCAUGAACUGUUACCCAUUGAAGUGUUUGUGCUGAGCUUGGAUCAAUGUGAAACUUUCUCCAGGGAGAAAGUCUUGUGUAUGUGUUGUAUUUGCACCUGUGUGCACCCUGCAUGGAAUGUAUAUAAAACGUGGGAUUGUUUUGGUUUUAAAAUACCCUAUAUGCCAAUAUUUCAGUCUAUGAGCUCUUCUGUAUUUUUCUAUUUUGUUUUGGUCAUUAGAAAAACUUUAGUCUGGUAAAUGUAAAAUUGCACAUAACUUAUUACAAAAGCUUCAGCAGAAAAAGAAAAAAAGAAAACAGCCUUCUUACAAUCUUAUGGUUUAGAUGUGAAAUGCAUUAGUCAUGUAAAGGUCAGUUUUGUUACCUAGACAUUACACAUCUACUUCAUUCUUCUUGCCUUGUAUAUUUAAAGAUGUAAACCAUAUGGGCUGGAUGUUGAAAUAUUAAUGUAAACUUCAAUUGAGUGUACAGUUCCACUGUGUACUGUUUGGGAUUGGCAUACAGUAGUGUAAUGCAGGUGAAAUGUUGUCAUCUAGGCUUGUGAACAGUUCUGUGUAAAGGAUCUUAAGACACAGUUACUGAUGACAUUUUAAUUUUGAACUGCAAUUGUACAGAAUUUUACAGGACCUUGUUUUAACCAUAUUUUGUAGACCUGUGCCUCAAUCAUGGUAUGUACUUGGAGUGGGAGGCAUAGUUUGUUUUAGCUUCAGGAAUGAAGUGACAGUUCUUUUCAGAAUAUGUAGAAAUAAAGGAGACGUAGUUAAGGGUCAAACAAUAGCCCAAUACAUUGUAACCUGUUGUACUUUUCUGUGUGUAGAGUAUGAGUGCAGAUGGUUGAACACACUAAUUAGUGUGAUUGUUGUAUAAAACUAGUAUAUAGCACAAUUUAAGUACCUUAAUAAAAAGGUUUUGGCUCACUGCCUCACUUUAAGUAUUAAACAUUUAGAAACGUUUGAAACCUAAAAAUUGAGCCACACGUAGGAGACACAGGUUAGGAUCUUAAAAGAUCGAUUUUUUUAAUGUGCUGUUAACACUGAACAUGUUGAUGGUAGUUUGAGAAGCAUCACUAUUUGCUCUUGAAUGUAACAGAUACAAAUCAGCCAGGCCCUUCCAUGUUAUUUGUUAAAGCAGUGCUUGCUGAUUUGAUCAGUUGUUCUUUGACAAGGGAGCCAGAAACGCAGUUGCUUCUUACAAGCUAAGAUCAUCUGCUUGUCAGUGGGUUUGUAGUAUUUUACAAAAUGUUUAGUUGUUGUUUUGUUUUUUUGUUUUUUUUUGUCUUUUAAGAUUUCCUUUCCACUCUAAAUAACACAACUGUAUUCACAUUUAAUUAAAAUGUAGGUGAUUUGUCUUUGUUUUCAUUGUUUUUUAUAGAUUAUCAUUUCUCAGACUUGAAAAGCAUUCUAAACUUGUUUCAGCAUGGAACUUGCAUUUUCUUUUCUUUUUGCCUGUUAACCCAGCCUAAAGGAGAAGUUGUUACAGAGCAUUAGCGCACAUGUUUAACGGUCAAUGGAGAGUCAGCUGAUCGUUUUGUUCUCCAUGUAACUCCUGCGACACAAGCUCAAUAUAAUGGCUGGGUAUUAAAAAUAGAGAACUGCCAAUUUUGCAGUUGUCAAAAACACAUAGAAAACGGAGAACCUGGUGGAGGUGGAAAUUGCACAGACAAUAGCUGAGUACUUUCAAAUAAACCUUGUCGUUUGAUCAGCAAUACAAACAGUAAUUUAGCUUGACAGUGAUAAUAGUAGUGUAUGAAGAACAUGAGCUUGUAAAUCCUAAUAAAAUAUGGUGAUUUUUAUUUCA